AAGUGUUUUCUGACGCUAGUGCUGUUGAUUUGUUUUACUGUCGGGUGUGUCGUAGAAGGCGUGUAUUUUGUGAGUUGGGUGCUAACUUGAUGCAGACGUGAGCUGAGACAAUUUCCGUGGUAAUGGCAAACUCAAUAACGGAGAUCUUCUCUUCCUAUCAGGAAUAUCUGAACAACGAACAAGAUUUGAGGGACGAAAUACGUAACAUUGUUAAGGACAUAGAACAACAUGCAAGAGAAAUACUAACAAUUCUUCAAGCUAUUCACCAAGAAGGGGGAAUUCGUGAAAUACCCAAGUGCUGUGAAGCUGCAAGAAAGCAGUUCAAUGAAGUGCAGCUCGCAUUUACUCGACUUGGUAACGCAAUUCCUGCCGAACAAUAUUAUCGUUUUAACGAUCACUGGCGAUAUGCUGUUCAACGGCUAGCAUUCCUUGCAGCCUUGACAAUUUACCUCGAGACGGGAGACUUGGCGACUCGUGAAACAGUAGCUGAAAUACUUGGACUUAAGACACGGAGAGAUGCAGGUUUUCAUUUAGAUCUGGAAGAUUACUUGAUGGGCCUGCUCCAGCUUUCAUCGGAACUGUCACGCUUAGCAGUCAACAGUGUAACCAUGGGCGACUAUGUUCGACCUCUUCAGAUUUCACGCUUUAUUGCUGAGCUGAGUGCCGGUUUUCGGCUUCUGAAUCUUAAAAAUGAUUCACUUAGAAAACGAUUUGAUGUUUUGAAAUACGACGUGAAGAAGAUAGAAGAAGUUGUUUACGAUUUGUCGAUACGUGGUUUGAAACCUCCUGAGGACCCCGAAAUCAAAUGCAGUGAAAGUGCUACGACGGAUUAGUGUAUGUAGCUUUGUUUCAUUUACGACUGCUGACACACUUUUAAUUAAACGAUUAUGUUAUCACUGUGCAACGUAAUCCGUAAAAUUUGUGAUGAGAAAACAGUUUAUUUAUUUUUUUGUGCGUGAAGAUUUCUAAGCCUAAGUGUGAUUAGCACAAUAUUUGUUAACGUGCUGUGUAGGCCUAGUACUACUAAUACAGGCACUUCUGCCAGUUUACGGUCAAUAUUUGGGUGAAUGUAAUCACCAUUUAGGACGUAUGUAUGAUGAUUUUUGGAACCCACAGUUGACGUGAGUAAUGAAUAGGAAAGCUGUUCCUCAGUUAUACUGUGUUUAAAGCAUUUUUUGAAAGAAACAUUGAGGAUUAAGGACUCGUUGAAAAAUUUGUGGUUUCUAGUUUAACAUUUCUGACAAAUGAUUUUCCUAAACACAGCACAUGAUUAAAUAGUAUUCAUUUCUACAGUACAUUAGGAGCAGGAGUGGUGCAAGUUUAUUGCAUAAUUUCUAGCACAUUUAACCGUCAAAACGUGUGUGUGUGUGUGUGUGUGUGUGUGUGUGUGUGUGUGUGUGUGUGAGAGAGAGAGAGAGAGAGAGAGAAUAUGAUAGGCUCAAUUAUGUAAACAUAUACACUAGAAGAUAAUUUAAGCUUACUUCUCUUACAUAAAAAAUACAUGGUCUAUGAAAUAUUGAGCCACCAUUGAGUCACUAUCCUUGAUUAGCAGACUAACACCUGGGGUUUAUAAGGGAUGUUGCAAUUUGUUUACUGUUUGUUCGAUUCACCUGGAUAUUAACUAUGUAAGGGAACUCUUAUCUGUCUGAAUUAUCAGUGUGUGGUAUUUAUUUUAAUGGAUUCUGCAGAAUAUUUCUCUUCUAGCUUCAAAAUUCAGUGAAACUGUUGGAUUCAAUUCCUUUCAGUUUUUUAUUUAAAAUUGGUUACUGUUUCUUAAUUUUAGAACUGUUUUCACAAUUUAAUGAAUGUAUGGCAUGUUUGCAAAGCAGACAGUUACUGAGGCCCUUAGAUUUGAUCUAAAUAAUGACUGCUUAAAGCUGUCCAUGUAUUCGCCACUGAUAUUUUUUAAAAAUUUGCCUGUGCAUUUUUGAUUAACUGGUAAGAAUCUUCAAAGCAGCUUGUAGUAAAAAAAAAAAAAGUUGUCAGUAGAAUUUUGUGCUCAUACAUGGAAUGACAAUAAGAUGGAGGCUCUAGGCAGUUGUCAGUGGUGUAUUUGAAAAUUUUAAAUUGUAUUCUUGUUUCAAACUGCACUGAUCUCUUAAUGACAAUAUUAUAACAGGUUAUUUUUAUUUCAGUACACAACAGAAUCAUUUGUCACCCAUAGAUUUAUUCCAGCCUUUCACAAAUCUUGAACUCUGUUAAUUAGAAUGAUGCAGUGUGAGAAUUAGGCAUGUAGUAACCACUAAAGCUGGACAGUUGCAAGUGUUUGCUGGUGUUACUAUUUGUGCCUUUAACUGUUUUUCCUGCAAUACAUGCAAGUCAUUGGUGAUGUUCCAGACUGUGCCUCAAGUGUGACUUUUGUUAAGAUAAGAUUUGACAUCUAAUUAAAGUAGUUCAAACUGCAGAAUGUGUGUGACAAGAGGAGGGGAAUGCAAGUAAUACUUUGACAGACUGUCAUUUUAUGGUGUAUGCCUGCAUUUUUUUUCUGACCGUGUCUAUUUUCUCAUCAGCUGCAAUAUAUAUUCCCUUCUGUUGUUGGGUAUCUGUUUCUCUGGAAUGCAAGAGACAUUUAAGUCAAUAUUGAGGGGCACUUAGGUGCUCAUAAUGUAUGAUAAUAUAUUGCUUUUAUCUGAUGUAAUAUUUUUCUCAAUAAUUAUGUAGCUAUUGUAGCUUCAAAUUAUAUUGGCUCUAAUUGAGUAAUUAUAAAAAUACUGUAGUCAUAAACGCAAGACUUUUAUUUUGUCUGAUGUAGAAAGAGUAGACACAAGUGGGUGUGCAUUUAAUUGCAAAGCAUUUGUUUAUUACUUUCUGCAGAUAAAGUGACAAAAAUUUAGUUCAAUAUUAUUAGUUAACAUUAUCAACAUUGGUGAAUAACCUAAUGAAAACAAUUAUUCCUGAUAUGAAGAUGAUAAAUACUGGGCGGAAUGCACAAUCAGAGAAAAGGGCAACUGCAUACUGUACAGAGAAAGUGUUGGUCAGGAAGUACAUUCAAAAAAGAUGUCAGACAUUAUAAUUCUUUUUUUUUAUAUGUUUGUGUAUUCUUUGUGGUGAUAUUUGCCACAAUUGAGAUAACAUGCAGAGUUAAAAAUUUCUGGAAGUAAAUCUGUAGAUUGAUAUUGUAAUUUCUGUUGAUAAGCAACAGUGCUGCAUCAUUGGCUAUACUGUGCAAAGAAAAUAACCUUAUAUUGCUAUAUCAUGGCAACUAAAAUUUUGUGACAGACUGAGAUUGUGGCCUGGAUCCCCUGUUUAACUUGAGUAGUAGCCUUAACACAUUACUGCCACAUGUGUAUUGAUGGAUGUUUACUGCCAGGCCUUGGUGUCAAGCCUGAGCCUCUGUUGUGGCCAGCAGCAGACACUUGGUGUUGGAUGUAAGGCUCUGCUGUUAGCUGGGCUGGAGUUGUAUGUCAUAUUAUUGUCCAGCUUGUGUGUGACGUAUGUAACCUGAUAUGUCCUGUCAGUGUGAUUGUAAGGCUCUUGUAAGUUAUUCCUCUCAGACCAUAAGUGACCCCUUCAUCAAGUAGAGAUACUGUUGUCAUAUGCACAGAUCUAGGAACAAACAUGGCACUCUUGCAUUCAUCAAUAUUGUAUGCCCUAGAAUGCAUGUGGCAGAUAGUUCAGGAGCCUUUCAUAUUCAAGGAACUAUUGAAAUUAGUGAAAUUAAUUCACUAAUGGUAUUCUGUGAUGAUGUUAUAUGUAGCAUCUGGAAGUAAUAGGAGGGAAACAUCACAGACUCUGAUAGCCAAAUCUCAUUAUCAAAUGUCGCUUGUGCGACAAACCACAAGGAUCAUCAAAAUACGAAGAUAUCUAACAUAUAUAUAUAUGGACAUGUCGCUUGUUAGCUAUAAUUGGUGUUUGACAGUGUAAGUGUUCCAUAGUUGGACACUUUCCUGUUUUACAAAUUAUUUUGUUUUACUGAUCACAUUUUAUAAUGAGAAUUGACAUCUCAAAACUAUCAUCGUCUUCAUAAAUGGAUUUCAGCCAUGGCUAUUAGAAAAAUUAUUAUAUCAGUUUACAAGUAGGCUAAAUGAUCUGACUGCACAACAUUCGGACAUUGCGUUCUCUAGACUGUGUCAUGAGGAAGAAUCGACAUAAGUGGUGUAAAUCUGUAUAUAUUCACACAGCUGACAGAAGACAAUACUGCGGGAUGUAUUAAUUACUAUUUAUCAUUAACCUAAAAUUGUCUAUUUGUCAGCGAAGACAGUCUAUAUAUGACAAUAAUAUAAUUAGCACGAAAGCAGCUGCCAGUACUGUGAAGGGCAACAAAAUAAGAGCUGCUGCUGCUUUGUCAGUUACACUAAAUAUCAACUACUGUUUCUUAAUCUUUGCUAAGUACACUUCCAUAUAUCAAUGGAAUAAAUGUCAUCUACUAACUAUAAGAA